AAAAAAUUUAUUACUUUAAUAAUCCUAUGGACUCCACAAUGGGUGCCACCAUUGUGGAUGCUCUAAGGUCCGUCGCGAGAUCCAUCUGUCCGCUCGCUUUCAGGGACUCCAUAGAUCACAACGUGCAGCGAAUCUCUCUCUUCUUCCCAAACCAAACAAAAAGAAGUAGAAAACUUUCUCAUUCUUUACGACAUGGAAUCGGUAGACGAAGCCGGCGUAAGAAGGAAUCUUGAACCGUCGAUUGGUGCAUGGCAUUUCCAGAUUGCUAUCUAUUUCGCCUUAGGAUUCUUCUUUCUGAGACUCUUCCUCGACACAUUCUUCUUUCAAAGGAUAGCUGUAUGGCUUUUGAGCACCACUUCUUCUGCGCCAAUUAAGAUCAAUGAUGCUGUUACUCGGGCGAAGAUCGUCAAAUGCAAGGAGUCUCUGUGGAAGUUCAUGUACUACGGUGCCUGUGACGUAUUCGUUCUCAAAGUUCUUUAUCACGAGCCAUGGGCCUACGACGUAAAACUCUUCUUUCACGCUUGGCCUCAUCAAGAGUUGAAGCUUCCAAUAAAGCUUUACUAUAUGUGCCAGUGCGGUUUCUAUGUCUAUGGUGUUGCUGCCUUGCUUGCAUGGGAGACCAGAAGAAAAGAUUUUGCUGUUAUGAUGUCUCACCAUGUCAUUACAAUCAUCCUCAUUGCCUACUCCUACUUAACCAGUUUUUUCCGAAUCGGAGCAAUCAUACUCGCACUUCAUGAUGCAAGUGACGUGUUUAUGGAAACUGCUAAAAUUUUCAAGUAUUCUGACAAGGAGUUUGGAGCAAGUGUGUGUUUUGCACUUUUUGCUGUGUCUUGGCUAUUGCUACGGCUGAUAUACUUUCCAUUUUGGAUCAUCAGGGCCACCAGCAUUGAACUCCUGGAUCAUUUGGAUAUGAGAUUAGCUGAAGACACCAUCAUGUACUAUUCCUUCAACACAAUGUUACUGAUGCUUCUUGUUUUCCAUAUAUAUUGGUGGUAUCUCAUUUGCGCCAUGAUUGUAAGACUUCUUAAAAACAGAGGAAAAGUUGGAGAAGACAUAAGAUCCGAUUCAGAAGAUGAUGAAUAGGGCUUUUUGCAAGCAUGAUAGAUUCGGAACAAGUUUCCACUUCUCCAACCAAACCUUUAAGCUGCUGAAGAAUUUGUUCUCAGAUUCAUCAUUAGUCAUUGCUUUACUGAUUAGCGUUGGAGGCUAAAAAAAAGAAGAAAUGUUAUAAUUUUUUGUUGCCCAGUUUUGUAUUGGUCGAGUCCAUUUCGACGUUAGCGUAUUCUCUUUUGACAAAUAUAAAGAAAACAGAAACUCAGGUUUCUUGUGUUGUUCUAUUCUGUAUAAAACAAUGUGCAAGUCAAUUUGUAAAUGCUAUUCCUCUUUGUAUGGUUUUCAAUUUAGAGUUUUAUCCCA